UGACGUCACACAGAAUGAGCCCCGAAGUGCUGAGGCUUCAACAAUGACUUAAUAAUGAAAUAAUAGUUCAACAGCUAAUGGGGGGGGGGGAUACACACACACAACAGCAAAUCAUAAAAAAACGAUGUGAAGCAACCGUUCGAGGUAGAUAAGACUCAUCGCUGAUUGGACGAGUGGGACGACUUGAGCGAAGGGUCGUUGAUUCGAAUCCCGGCUCCGACUGUCCGCACGUCGAAGUGUCCUCGGGCAAGACACCGAACCCUAAAUUGCUCCCGGGGGCCUGGCAGUCAGUCGCCCGUUGGUGUUUUCAAAUGGCUUUGUAAAGCUCUUUGGGUUCUGUGACGGUGACGAUCAAGUGCGGCCCGUUGACCAUUUCGAAUGUAGCUCAUAUGUCUGUGUCGCGGGAGCUUACUGCGCUUAACUGUACCCAUUACUUGCUAAUGUGCGCCACGCAAGCUACAGCACGAUGGCAUCAACGUGUGGCAUAAAGUCGUUUACUUGAUUUAAAAAAAGACAAACAUUAGCCUAAAAUAAGAUGGCAGUCCUUGAGAGGUUCUUGUUGUACAUUUUCUUGCUUGUCAGUCGUUCUUCUGCCGCCGGGUGCACCUGAAGAAAGCCGUCUUACUUUGCUGGUACCGAGCAUCAACUCGGCAUGUGUUGGUUUUACGUUAUAAUCGAACCACAACUACCAAUAGAAAUAUCAAUAAGGAUGGGAAAAAAAAAGCUUGAGCGUUUUAGGAAGAUGGAAGUUCGACUUUUGAGCCACCUGCCAUAUCUGUUAAGUACAGCAUUUUUCAUGUAGCUUAAGAAAACGGGGAUCUAUAAUUGAGAAACUUGACGUGAUGGAGAAAAACCUAGACCGAUUUUGGAUUCCGCACCCUGAAAUGAGUUGAAUACAGCUGUCAGACGGAACUCAACAAAAGUUGUCCUUCUUGGAAAGUUGCAUCGGUCUCGAAGGCGUCGUCACUGUGACGCCACGUGACGUAGGCGGAAGUGGGAGUCACCGCGGAGACAGUCGAGAAGAACCGAAACGGACGCAACGACUGUGCCGCGGGCUGCUUCCGAGUUGGGAGCCGAGCCGAGCCGAGCCGAGCCGAACCGACCCGAGCCGAGCCGAGUGAUUGGUUUGGAUGGAGGGCCUGCCCAGUGAAAGGACACUUGCAGACUAUGUACAGGAAGUGAGCAGUGUGACAUCGCCGUUGGGGGCGUGGCCAGGGGCAUUCCGGCGCAGGUGCGUUUAUCUUCCCGGAACGCCCGACAAUUACCACCCGGCCUCCCCAGCCCGCACCGCCACGCCGUUAAGCCGCUUUGUGCCAUCUGUCGGCGUCGCUCCUCACUGGCCGCGGGGACCGGCGGCGAGCGACGCGAUUGGCCGGCAGAGGAGAAGAGGCGGGGUCAGGUUGAUUGAUAAAGGAGGAAGAGGCGGAGAUGAUCGUGCGCACAACAAGUUAGAGAAAGAAGAGCCUCUGUGUUACCACGGCAACGCAGAGGACAUGACAGCAGAGGACACACGGCUUGGCAAAAUGACAACAGAACAUUCCUGGCACUCCAGUCCCACCUCAGGCCCUCAUCCAAACCUCUAGCGAUUCAUUGUGGACCAGUAGGUCCAGGAACAUCAGAAUAGGUCUUGAGAAAAAGGAGCUUGGGGCAUUUGAGUUGCCAAAAUGUCCCAAUCGGGUAAAGUGCUGCACCUGUAUGUUGAGGUGAGGUCUGCGGGUGAGGAAGAAGGAAGGGUUCCUGGGAUAGGAGAUAAUGAGAAGUGUCACCUGAUCCUUCAGUGCCCAGAUGGUCUCCCCCACUCUCAAAGGAGCUCAGUCCUCUCCAGCCCCAACCUAAAGUCCGGAGCUUUCCCCGCGCAGCCAGUGCAGAAUGCUGGGUGGGCGGCACAGCUCGCCUCCCUCCAGCUGGUCCUCCAGGCACUCGGUCAGCCCUCAAGGCCAGCAUUCGGACAGUGUGGAUUCCUCCACUUACUUCCACCAGGAGGACAUGUUACCCAACACUUUUGAAGACUUACUUCCGGUCCUCACAUGUACAGCCACCACUCAGGGUCAUCAGUGUUCAGCAGCUCUUACGCCGUCAUCGGACGUGUACCCCUAUCCAAGUCGGGAGCUUAGCGACCUUCCUCCGCCACCGUUUGGGCGCUUGACGGCACCUUCUACACCUACAUUCCACCGCCGUUCCUGUGAGGUGCAAGGGCCAGGCGGUCAGGAAAGGAAGACCUCUAUGGUGACCUUCGGGUAUAUUGAGAAAGCAAAUGUUCAUAUGAUGGGCGGCGGUCGUCCUUCUCUGUGCCGAAAUGACUCCAGACGGGACGAAGCAGUUCCUGCCCGCCCACCUCAGGAAGCGACUAAGUGACCCCUUAGGAUCCAGUGGUCAGGUCAGACAGGCUGAACCCUGCCCCAUUCACCAUCGCCCUUCUACCAAUCACGGCUCUCCUUUCCUGCACAGAGAUGUGGUAGCGAGAGAUGCCACCUACCGGGCCUUGGAGGAGUUUGGCUCUCCAGAACUGAGGCGUCGCUUUGGAGGUCGCAGCCAUGAGAACUGCAGCCCGACUCUGCCACGACUCCACGGGUCGCCGAACUGCCGCUCGUGGGCGGGGUCACCCGUCCUGCCCCGCAGUACCCUCACAUUACCAUCCAAAACUCAGCUCGGAGACCUCGACAGGGGACUCUGUCAGAACUCCACGGACGGGAUUGCCGAGAAGCCCCGCGUUCGAUCAGCUGUGUGCCCAGACUGGGUUCUCCUCCCACACAGCAGCACAGAUGCCAGAGCGUCAUUGUCACAGCCUUCUUCAAAUCCAGCAGUCAUCCUGGUUGGGCCACAAUAGUCCCAGACUUUCCAGCAGAUUUCCUUCUCCUUUACAUGGUGGACGGCCCACAGAUAUUCAGCAUGACGUCUCAAGCUGCAGAGCCGGUCAUGUGACCAGCUCUGCUAAUGGUGCGAAAACCUCCUCCUCAUUUUCCAAUGCCGACAUUUUUCUGGGACGACGAACUCCCUCUCCGGCACCUUCCCGAACUGAGUCUUUGAGGUCACUCAGUCCAAGUAUUGGAGAAUCAUUGCUUAGAAAAUCCCAACUACAUUCGGGUUUUAGUGAGGAUCUCCCCCCAGAGCUACUACAGGAGAACAAAGUGAACCCAAGAUGGAAACCAGAGAAAUCCAAACCUCAACUACGGUCAGAAAGUGUCUCACCUGUCUUGACCAGAAAAGGACUCGGCUCACCUGCGACUUCUCAUUCACCGGUCUUAACACCACGCCACAAGCAGAGUUCAAACGCCAGUCGGCACAUGCCCCGCCUACACCCUCACCUCCAGCCAACGCACUCUACUGGAGACUACAGACCUUCAUGCUUGGAGCCCAGGUACCAGGAUCGCUCACACAGCCCUGAACUCUCCAGUAGACUCCUCUCCUGCCAAACAUCUGCGGCUUCACCCUCCUCAGAGCAGGAACUCAGGAGGACCAGUCCUGUCCAAGACAGACUAGAAUUCUGUAAGGAGAAGUCCAGACACUUCGCUUCAAGACCCAAAGAGGAGACUUUCAGCAAGCAAGCAGAAGACAAGGCAAGACGGGAUCAAUGCAGACUGGUUGGGGGUUUGUCCUGCACUCAGCAAGAGGACGUUCGGGAUCUCAGCAAGAUUGGUGGGACGUCCUCUCGGAGCUCCAGUGGGGUGACGGGAAGCUCAGGAGAAGGGAAUGCGUCUCCUGAAACCUGGAGCCAGUCCAGCUGCAAUGUGGGCUCCGGGGUCCAGCCAGGCGGACGUUCAGCCGUGAGUCCGUCUUCGAGGUCGCAGAAAAUUGCCCAAGCCAAGUGGGACUUCUUAUUUGGUGCUGAGAAACAGGAAGGCCACAGCAAUAAAGACGCUUCGCCGCCCACUGUUACCUCGCUGAGCCCCACCCCUGCCAAGUCAGCCAAUCAGAGACGGGGUGGGAGGGCUGUGCGGGGUCAAAGGUCAUUGCAUCACCACAAGGUCCAUCAGUUCGAGGUGGAGCUGCUCACCUCCGACCCCGGAGGCCCCGCACCCAAGACGGGUGUGGUCCGGCGCAGCGUCAAAUACUCGGAGACGGACCUGGACCACGUACCGAUGCGCUGCUACCGAGAAACUGACCUAGACGAGGUGAUGCGGGCGGAGGUUGCUGAGGAGGAUCCUGGCAACGCUUCGCCGAGCUCGCGUUCUGGUGAGGGAGGGAUGGCAUCGGAGGAGGAGGAGGAGGAAGAAGAAGAGGCGGAGGACGGUGCGGCGAGCCGGCCUCGCUCGCUCAUGCGGGGAGACCGCCGCAGGCACAAGGCCGCCUCCCACCGCGACAACAGCGUCAGUGUACUGCUGAAGGGGACGUCGGAGGUGAAAGGUCCCUCGGCCGAGGCGGGCGUCCCCCGGCGGCCGUCCGACAGCCACCUGGACUCUUUCAGUCGCCAGUUUGAAAGCAUCAUGGAAGGUCACCGGACCAAAGGAACCUCCGACAGCAGCCUGGACAGCGUCGACCUUCUCACCUCGGGAUCCACGUCCGUCUUCACCUUUGACCUGCCCACGCUUACCCCCGAGAUCCAGAGCCAGAUCUGCGAGAGCGCCAAGAACAUCAUCCAGCUGAGCUUUGCCCCUCUGUCCCGCCCGGGCGCGCCCGCCGCCCCCUCGCAGAUAUCCCGCUCGGAAAUCUCCCCGCAAGGAGGCUCCGAGGGGGCCCGCUCCGCACCGGUCCGGACCGGACUGGGGAAGGGGCCGGGGCGGCGCUCGAUCCUCAAAGACGGCUUCCACAAAGUCAGCUCGGCGCCGUUGCCGCGCGGCGCUCCGAGGGACGGCACGGUGAACUGCCCCCCCGAGCUGCUCUACCCGCAGGCCGACGUGGCGGAGCGACCGGCGCGCGGCGACGACGAGGACGCGCCGGUCGAGGCCGCCAAACGCCUCGCCGAACGUCUCCAUCGGCUGCACGGAUUCACGAAAUCUGACGUGGCGCCGCACCUCAGCAAGAACAACGAGUUCGGUCGGAUGGUGGCAGAAGAAUAUCUCAGCAAGUUCGACUUCAACGGCCUCCCCGUCGACCAAGCGCUCAGAACCUUCCUCAGCAAGUUCACGUUGGUGGGAGAAAGUCAGGAGCGAGAGCGAGUCCUCGCUCACUUUUCCAGAAGAUACGUGCGCUGUAACCCCGACAGCCAAGCUGCCGAAGACAGCGUCCACACGCUGACUUGUGCGCUGAUGCUGUUGAAUGUUGAUCUCCAUGGAAACAAUGUUGGGAAGAAGAUGUCCUGCAGCCAGUUCAUCUCCAACCUCGAAGGCCUCAAUGGUGGAAAAGACUUUCCCAAAGAUAUGCUGAAGAUGUUGUACACGUCCAUCAGGAACGACAAACUCCAGUGGCCCAUUGACGAGGAGGAGGAGUUCAGGACGUCUACAUCGGCAUUGGCCGAUGGCCGAACAGACUCCGCCUCCUACACCAUGAAGCGAGCGGGGAUCGGCCGGAACCACCUGGCGGGCGACGGCGAUCUAUACAAGAGCGGAUUCCUGGUGCGCAAAGUCCACGCCGACGCCGAUGGGAAGAAAACGGCGCGCGGCAAGCGAGGCUGGAAGUCGUUCUACGCCACGUUGAAGGGUCGCGUGCUGUACCUGCAGAAGGACGAGUACGGCGCGGAGCGUCCGCUGACGGAGGACGACGUGAAGAACGCCGUGUCGGUGCAUCACGCGCUGGCCAUGAGGGCCGCCGACUACGCAAAGCGGCCCAACGUCUUCUACCUGCGCACCGCCGACUGGAGGGUCUUCCUCAUGCAGGCGCCGUCGAGCGACGACAUGCGCUCGUGGAUCACACGCAUCAACGUGGUGGCGGCCACGUUCUCGGCGCCGCCCUUCCCGGCCGCCGUCGGCUCUCAGAAGCGCUUCAGUCGCCCCCUGCUGCCGGGAUCCGGAACCAAACUGUCGCAGGAAGAGCAGGCCGCCUCUCACGAGGCUCGCUUCCGGGCGGCGUCCUCCGAGUUGGACGAGCUGGUCGGCGGCGCGGCGGAACGCAAGGUCAAAGGUCGCGAGCCGGACGAGCAGAAAGCGCGACGCGAGUACCUGGAGUUCGAGAAAACGCGUUACGGCACGUACGCCGUGCUGCUGCGUGCCAAGAUGUCCGCCGGCGAGGAGGACUCGGCCGCCUUCGAGGCGCGACUCUUCGAGGGCGACGGCGGCCCGCGGAGGGCGCGCUCCGGCCCCUCGCCGCCACGGGAAGCGGACGGCAAGGAGAAGACGCGCGUCGGCCAAAGUUUAAAGGUCGCCUCCUCGCAUCUGCUCUGCGACGGCGCCGCCAAACGAGGAGGAGGAGAGAAGAAGAACUCUCCGUCCGCACAGGAAGUGGCGCCGUGAGCACAGCGUCACGGGAAAAGGACGCGUGGAAGACUUUGACGCCAGCACUUUUAGGUACUCUCUCUUCUUUCUCUCUCCUCAUC